AUGCAUCGGAGUUUGGUCGGGCGCCACCUGGAAUGGUGAGGCACCACGACAGAUGAGGCACUGCACGAGUCGCAUCCCAGCGGUCUGUGUGCCUUCCGUUCUUCAGUGCGAAGGAGCACAAGGCCGAGGACAACGACCUGAUGGCCAAGAAGAGCCCCCGAGCGGCUCUGGCGACUUACAAGAAGGCCAUGGAGGCACUCGAGUCGGUCAAGUCCGUUGACAUGGGGUCGUGGAUGGCCCACACCGACGAGGUGCGGCAGCUCACCAUGAGCGUCUGGAGCAACUCGGCCCUCGCCGCCCUCAAGGCCGACCUGCCGGACGAGGCCCUCACCUACGCCGACCUGCUGCUGGCCCACGAUGACACACACCCGAAGGUGACCACAGCACAACGAGAGAUGAGUGCAUUCAUGGACUCAUCUGUGUUUGUGUGUGUGUGAAUGUGUCUGCAGGCGUUGUUGCGUCGCGCCUGCGCCCGUCGGCUGUCUGGCGACUUCGAUGGCGCCGUGGCCGACCUGCGCAAGCUGAAGGCGUCACACGAGAGCUACGGCAGGGAGGCCGACGCCGAGAUGGCCCUCCUCGCCCACCACAUCCAGCAGCAGAAGGCCAAGGAGCACCAGGUGGGCAGACAUCGACAUGGACGUGACGCGUGUGUGUGUGUAUGUGUGUGUGUGUCUGCGUCUGUGUGUUGGCUCCAACAGCUGUUCGGUGGCAUGUUUGAGAAGAUGUCGCUGUACGGGGCUCCUGACGGGCGUGACCAGGGGGAGGGGGAGGGGUCUGAGGAGAAGAACUGGGUGAUGAUGGAACAAGACAACAGUCUCAUCGAGUUGGGGAUGGGGUAUGCCUUCCGCCCCGCCAAGGCCCUCAAAGGCACACAACACACCAUCGGUCAGUGACACUGGCGAACAGAAGCACCUUCUGCACCCUGCAGAUCCGUUCCCUCUCCUCCCUCUCUUGUGUGUGCAGAGUUGCCACCUCUGCGUUUCGACGACCAGCCAUCGGACCACCCGGCGACGCGCAACGGUCCGGGCGUCUUCACCGUCGGCUCGGCCACCGCCACCGAGGGACGCACCAAGCGUGCCUCCCGCCGUCUGUCGGCUCGGCCGCUGCACUGCGUGAGCACCAAGACGCCCAACCUGCCCACCGUCUCGAAAGGUGAGUGGCCUUCUAUGUCGACACACACGAGAUGGAAGUGCGAGACGAUGCGGCAUAUGUGUGUGUGUGUGUGUGUGUGUGCAGAGAGUGUGUUCGUGUUUGGCGAGGACCAGCGUCUGCAGAAGGCGGACACCGAGACGGGCAGCGAGCCGACGACAGAGGACGGCACAGAGGGAGCGGCCCAGCAGCACAUGGGAUUCUGGAGCAAGGUGUGGUCCUUCCUGUUCCCGGAGGGCAUGUGCUGCGGCUGGUGCCGGGAGGGACACACACACAACUGACCCAACACACACUCACACAUAACAAACACCCACAGACAGACUG